CCUUCACCAUUGUCUCGCAGCUCACUCUAGGGUUUUGUUCUGGAGCAGCUCCUCAAGAUUUAGAACUACAGCUUCAAGAUUGUCUUGUCCAUGGGAUUUACUCAGUCAAACUAGCUCCACGUUUAGAGGGAUGCAUCACCAGCUAAAAGGGAUGGGAGAGCCGAGUGUAGAUUGGGAAAUGCAAGAACACUGCCCUUACGAACAGGAUUCCGGGAAGGUAAGCUGGAUUUUGAAGAAGGGGCUGGUUCUGGGGAAGAACAUCCUGGUCACGGGCGUCGUGGUAUCCUCAGCCCCGAUAGUUCUUCCACUGCUCCUCGGGAUCUCUGCAUUUGGCUUUGCCGUCUCUGUCCCUUCAGGGCUUUUCUUGGCUAGCUAUGCUUGCUCUGAGAAGCUCAUGAGUAAGUUGCUCCCUGGGCCAUCACCGUCUACUUUCCCGUUGGAUUGUGGUGGAGCAACUUAUAAUGAGGAGGUCGAAGAAUAUGGAGUUGGAUUUAAAGGGGACUUUGAUAUGGAGGAGGAAGAAGUGGAGCAGUUUGAAGAUACUAGAGGAGUUGCAAUGAGGCUUGAAUUGCCUGUUGAGGAUGUCGGAAGACGUUUUGAGAAAGUCGGAAGUGAUUUAGUGACACGUGAUUUGAGUGAAAUCGUGGAAGAAGAUGCACAGCAGAAUGCUGGUGGACUUAUAGAUGACCAGGUCCAGCCACUGAUAGAGGGGCAUGCUGGAGGAAGGAGAGACAAAAUCCAGGAUCUGCCCGUAAAUGAGAUGAAAGGGAUUGUGCUUACGGUUGAAGCGGACGAUAGAACUACGUUGGAGGACAAAGGGACUUCAUUUGAAGUCAGAGAGGUGGUUGUAAUGGAGAGUGCUGGGGCAGAAAAUAUUGAAGAGGGCAAACUGGCCAAAGAGACGACAGGGUUGAUAGAAAAGCUCAGGGAUGAGGGCAGAGAUGACCGGAGGGAGCAGCACGAAGUCAUAGACGAGACAGCGCUGGAGGAGCACGAGACAGAAACCGGUAAGAAUGCUGAAGAUGUUGGAACACAGGUCGAAGCUAAAGAUGCUGGGAGGAAGGGAAAGAAAAAGGGUAAAAAGAAAGGGAAAGUUGAAGAAAAGAGUGCCAUGGAACUUCCGAAACAAAAUGAGAAAAACAAUGAAUCUAAAAGCUCAGUGGGUGAUACUACAGAAGUCGAAAAACCGAUGAAAGAUGCAGCAAGAUCUGAUUUGAGAACUUCUGAAGGAAAAGGGCAACACUCUGGACGUGUGGUCAAUGGAAGUGAGAAAUCAUCAGGAAUCCAUCCUGUAAAAGGGACAAAUCUGCCUUCUCAAGAGAGAACCGAUGGCAAUGAGAAAAUAUGGAAGCAGAUAGAGGCAUUGUGGGUGAUGGUAGGUUACAAGGCCACUCAACAAGCAACAUGCCUCGAGGAACUGAAGGCUCUCUACCUCUUCACAGGCGUCGAACCACCCGAGUCGUUCAAGGACAUUUCUGAUCAGGAUGAACUGAACGAUAAGCUUAGGUUUCUCAUGUCGAUAGUUGGAGUCAAGUAGGUUUUGGUCGGGUUUUGGACCCUUUUCAGAUUUAGUGUCGGGGAUGUUCAAGGACAUUUUGCUAAUUAUCGUCUUUGCUUCUGUUUCUGCUCUGCCAUAAAACAACAUAUGUAGGACUUGCCUAUGUUCUCCUGAGUUCAGUUUUGCGCUGAAUUAAAACCGGGGCUUAGGUUACGUUUGGUUUCAUAGUAGGAUUUUAAAAUCAGAUUUUGAUUUUGAUUUUGAGUGGAAUAAAUGAGGCCCACCCUUUGACUUUG